CUGCGGCUGUUUUUUUUUUUUUCCUCCUCGUCCCGCAGCGGAACCGUCUCUCUCUCCUCCCGAACCCUGUGGGAGGUUCUUCCUCUAAAGUUGAGAGCGCACCGGGACUCCUCACUCUGCAGCGGUCUCUGGACUCUGUCGGACCCGCUCUGGACCGAGCCGAACCCUGCUGUCUGAGCUCCGGACCCGGCCCGCCAUGAGCCUGAGCAGCAGUGACCUCUCUGAGCUGGUGGACCAGUGGGAGGAGCUGAACUUGACCUCCAACCUGUCUCGGGUGGAGGCCAUGAUGUGUUCAGGCGCCGUCAGCCACGCCGUGCUCCUCCUCUGCCUCUCCAUCCUCUACAUCUUCAUCUUCCUGGGGGGCGUGGCCUCCAACGUCCUGGUGUUCUGGGUGAGCCUGCGGCCCGACCGGGCCCGGUGCGGGUCCCGGCUGUACGUGGUGAACCUGGCGGCGGCGGACCUGGGCGUGGUUCUGACCCUGCCCGUCUGGGUCGCCUCUCUGCUGCAGGGCGGACUCUGGCCGUUCGGAGAGGUCGUCUGUAAGGUCACCCAUCUGGUGUUCAGCCUCAACCUGUUCAGCAGCAUCUUCUUCCUCACCUGUAUGAGCGUCGACAGCUACCUGUCCGCCACGCUGCUCUCUGGCGCCCUCGGCUGGAGGAGGAAGACGCUGCGGCGGUUGAUCUGCGCGUCGCUCUGGCUGCUGGCGUUGGCGGCGUCCGUUCCCGACACCUACUUCCUGCAGGCCGUAAGGUCCCCCCACCGCGACGGCGCCGUGUGUCGACCCGUGUACCCGCCGGAGAACCCCCGGGACUGGAUGGUGGGAGUCCAGCUCAGCUUCUUGGUGCUCGGCUUCGCCGUCCCGUUCCCCAUCAUCGCCGUCUUCUACCUGCUCCUGGUAGCCGCCAUUCCUCCCAGCUCGGACCCGGAGCGCAGGAUCAGCCGGCGCAUCGUCCUCUCCUACAUCCUGGUGUUUCUGGUGUGCUGGCUGCCGUUCCACGCCGUCCUGUUGCUGGACACUCUGGCGCUGAUGAACGUCCUGCCCUUCACCUGCCGGAUGGAGAGCUUCCUGGACGUGGCGCUGCACCUGACGCAGUGCUUCUCCUUGGUGCACUGCUGCGUCAACCCCAUCCUCUACAACCUCUGGCACAGAAGCUACAGGGAGCAGCUGAUGAAGGCCUUCGUCUUCAGGUACUCCUCCAGAACCGGGCUGGCCAGGCUCAUCGACACCUCAGAGACAGAGAACUCUGCAGUCCUGGUGGACCGCAGCGGUCCAGUCUGAGGUAAACUGAAGGACGGUUUGCUAAAGACUUGUUCAGAAGUGCAACACUGGAGCAGGUUUAGAUGUCAGAUGAUGGACCACGUGGGUCAGAGGUCAAUGGUCUGUCAGGAAACUCUGACGGUCUGAAGUGGAGAAAACGGUGUUUCCUCAUCAGAGACGUUUCAGACGAAGACCGCACGGUUCUACAAAGACUUUCCAGAACUUCUUCUGUCCGGGUUGCAGAUCCGUUUUUUGCUGUGAAACUGUUAAUGUUCAGAUAUGAUCAGUUAAUUUCUUCUUUUAUGAAUCCAUAAUAAAGCAGACAGAUCU